AUGAAGAUCCUGCUUAUUAUAUUCGUCUUAAUCCUUUGGACUGAAACAUUGGCAGAUCAGAGUCCAGGGCCGGGCCCUGAGUAUGCAGAUAUCGUGUUUCUGGUGGACAGCUCUGAUCACCUGGGAACUAACUCCUUCCCUUUUGUGAAAGCGUUCAUCAACAAAAUGAUCAGCAGUCUGCCCAUAGAGGCCCACAAGUACCGCGUGGCCCUGGGCCAGUACAGUAACCAGCUCCACAGUGCGUUCCAGCUGAGCACCUUCAAGAGCAGGAACCCCAUGCUGACCCACCUCAAGAAGAACUUCGGCUUCAUUGGCGGCUCCCUGAGGGUGGGCAACGCUCUUCGGGAGGCUCACAGGACCUACUUCUCUGCACCGGCCAGCAGGAGGGACAGGAAGCAGUUUCCCCCGAUUCUGGUGGUCCUGGCUUCCGCGGAGUCUGAGGAUGACGUGGAAGAGGCCUCCAAGGCCCUGCGGGAAGACGGGGUGAGGAUCGUCUCUGUGGGGCUGCAGGAUGCUUCUGAGGAGGAGCUGAAGGCCAUGGCCACUGCUCAGUUCCAUUUCAAGCUCCGGUCAGUCAGGGACCUUGGCGCGUUUUCCCAAAACAUGACACAGAUCAUCAAGGAAGCCACCCAGUACAGGGAUGGAGCCGCCCCUCCCGAUAUAGAAGUUCCCUUCCCAGUGGCCUGUCAGAAAGAUUCAUUAGCUGACCUCAUGUUCCUAGUGGAUGAGUCAGUUGGCACCAGACAAAAUUUAAGGUACCUGCAGAAUUUCCUCAGGAACAUUGCCACCUCCAUGGAUGUGAGGUACAGCUGCACACGCCUUGGACUUAUGAGUUACAGUGAUAGAGCCAAGAUUAUUUCCUUUCUAAAUUCAAGCACAACCCAGUAUGAAUUUCAGGAGCAAAUCCAGAAGCUUUUUGUCCAGGCUGGGAAAUCCAAUGCUGGGGCUGCCAUUGAGAAGAUGAGGCUAGAAGCCUUCUCAGAGUCAACUGGCAGCAGAAGGGACCAGGGAGUGCCUCAGAUCGCAGUCUUGGUCACUCACAGACCAUCAACUGAUGAAGUGCGCGAUGUCGCAAUACAGCUUCGGCUGCAGGAUGUGACUGUAUUUGGCGUGAACAUCCAAGGGGCUGACAACACCCAGUUAGAAGAAAUAGUGUCUUACCCUCCGAGACAAAUGGUUUCCAUGCUCAAGUCCUAUGCAGACUUGGAAGCUUACAGUAAAAACUUCCAGAAAAAGCUCCACAAUGAAAUUUGGUCCCAAAUUUCUACUCGUGCUGAGCAAAUGGACCUUGACAGAACAGGCUGUAUAGAUACAAAAGAGGCUGAUAUCUAUUUCCUCAUUGAUGGCUCAACCAGCAUACAGAGAAAACACUUUGAGCAAAUCAAGGAAUUUAUGUUGGCUGUGACAGGAAUGUUCAGCAUUGGCCCAGACCAAGUCCAAGUUGGAGCUGUGCAGUAUUCACAUAAGAUGAGAGUGGAGAUUUAUAUCAGUGACAGUUCUAAUUAUGUGAACUUAAGAAAUGCUAUUUUGAACAUUGAGCAACUCCAAGGCAACACCCAUACCGGGGAGGCCCUGGAUUUCAUGCUGUCAAGAAUAAAAGAGGAUAGGAAGCGUAGGACAAGCAAGGUUCCCUGUUACCUCAUUGUGCUGACUGAUGGGAGGUCCACCGAUGAAGUCCUGGAGCCUGCUGAGAGAUUAAGGGCUGAGCAAGUCACCAUUCAUGCUGUUGGCAUUGGGGAGGCUAACAAAGCACAACUCCAACAAAUUGCUGGGGAAGAAGAAAGGGUUAGCUUUGGGCAGAACUUUGAUUCUUUAAAAAGCAUAAAAAAUGAAGUUGUUCAAAGAAUUUGCACUGAAAAAGGAUGUGAAGACAUGAAGGCUGACAUCAUGUUUCUGGUGGACAGUUCUGGCAGUAUAGGACAUGAAAAUUUUGGAAAAAUGAAAACCUUCAUGAAAAACCUAUUAGCUAAGAUUCAGAUUGGUCCAGACAGAACUCAUAUUGGUGUCAUUCAGUUCAGUGAUAAAACUCAGGAAGAAUUCCAGCUUAAUAAAUACUUUACACAAAACGAAAUUUCUGAUUCAAUAGACAGAAUGUCUCUCAUCAACGAAAACACUUUGACUGGAAAUGCACUAACUUCUGUAGAUCAAUACUUCACCCCUGCCAAGGGGGGCCGUGUUAUGGUCAAAAAGUUUCUUAUCCUCAUCACGGAUGGAGAAGCACAAGAUCCUGUGAGAGAGCCUGCUAAAGCUCUUCGGGACAAAGGUGUGGUCAUCUUCUCUGUGGGGGUGUUUGGCGCCAAUAGGACGCAGCUGGAGGAGAUCAGUGGGGAUGGCAACCUGGUCUUCCACGUUGAGAACUUUGAUGAUCUAAAGACAAUAGAAAGCAAACUCAUUUUUCGUGUAUGUGCUCUCCAUGAUUGUAAAAAUAUUAAAGUGUUGGACAUUGUGUUUGUGCUGGAUCAUUCAGGCAGCAUAAACACACAAGAGCAAGAAAGCAUGAUGGAUCUAACUAUCCAUUUGGUGAAGAAAGCAGAUGUUGGCAGCGACCGAGUUCGGAUUGGAGCUCUCAAAUACUCGGACUAUCCUGAGGUUCUUUUCCACCUUAGGAAAUACUCAAACAGAUCCGCAGUCAUUGAGCACCUGAGGAGGCGCAGGAACACCGGAGGGAAUACCUUUACUGCCAGGGCCCUUGAUUACACAAACAUAAUGUUCACGGAGGAAUAUGGCAGCCGCAUCCAUCAAAAUGUGAAGCAGAUGCUGAUCAUCAUCACCGAUGGGGUGUCCCGUGACCGAAAUCUGCUCAAUGAGACAGCACUGAAAUUAAGAAACAAAGGCAUUGAUAUCUACGCAGUGGGUGUAGGACAGGCCGACCAACUUGAACUUGAGGCUAUGGCAGGGAGUAAAAACAAUACAUUCCAUGUAGAUAAUUUCAACAAACUGAAAGAUAUUUACCCGCCUCUACAAGAAAAAAUGUGUAGCAAUGCACAUGAGUGGUGUGACAUUCAAGAAGCCGAUGUGGUUUUCUUUUGUGAUGGCUCUGACAUGGUCUCCCACUCACAGUUUGUUACCAUGACAACUUUCGUGUCAGACUUAAUUGAUAAUUUUAACAUUCAGAACCAGAGAAUAAAAAUCGGGUUGGCUCAAUUUGGGAGUGGCUUCCAAAAAAUUAUCGAGUUGAAAAUCUCUCUGACUCUACCGGAGUUGAAGACUCAAAUUCAAACCAUCACCAAGAGCAAGGGGUUUCCGCGAAUUGACCAGGCCCUUAAAAAAGUGAAAGUCAUGUUCGAUCCGUCUUCUGGUGGGAGAAGAAACGCUGGUGUCCCUCAAACUUUGGUUGUUAUCACACCCAGGGAUCCCCCCUAUGAUGUGGCAGAUAAAGUGAAAAUACUGAGAAACCUCGGAAUUUGUGUCCUGGUUUGGGGCAUAGGGGAUGUUCAUAAGGAGCAACUUCUGCCGAUAACAGGAAAUUCUGAAAAAAUAAUCACCCUCCAAGACUUUAAUAAAUUAAUGAAUGUGGAUGUGAAAAAAAGAAUGGUUCGUGAAAUCUGCCAGAGCUGCGGGAAAACCAAUUGCUUUAUGGACAUAGUGGUCGGGUUUGACAUUUCCACUCACCUGCUGGGGCAGCCGCUGUUCCAUGGCCACCCCCGGCUGAAAUCCUACCUCCCAGGCAUCUUAGAGGACAUCACCUCCAUCAGGAGGGUCAGCUGUGGAGCAGGCACAGAGGUGCAAGUGAAUGUGGCCUUCAAGGUGAACAAUGACCAAGAAUUCCCUGCCAAGUUCCAAAUCUACCGGAAAGCAAUAUUUGACAGCCUGCUGCAAGUCACUGUCAAUGGCCCAACACAUCUGAAUGCACAGUUCCUGCAGUCGCUGGGGGAUACAUUUAAGGAUAGAUCUAAAUCCCAAGGACAGGUGCUACUCAUCUUUUCAGAUGGUCUUGGGGGUGAAAGCGAGAUAAUGCUUGAAGAUCAAUCGACCAGGCUCAGAGAAGCAGGACUUGAUGCUCUGCUGGUGGUGUCCCUAAACACGACUGCCCACGAUGAGUUUUCCAGCUUUGAGUUUGGAAAGGGAUUUGAUUACAGAACUCACCUGACCAUUGGCACGAGAGAAGUGGGCAAGAUGCUGUCACAGUACCUGGGAAACAUUGCAGAGAAGACUUGCUGCUGCACAUUUUGCAAGUGUUCAGGGCCUCCAGGUUCUCAUGGAUCCCGAGGACUACAAGCCACGAAGGGUUCUCCAGGUCUGAAAGGCAGCAGAGGACACUGGGGAGAGGACGGAGACCCUGGAAGACGAGGAGAAAUUGGACCCCCAGGAGAUAAAGGGAUUACUGGAUGUCCAGGGGAGCAAGGUCAAAAGGGAGCCAAAGGAUUUUCUGGACGUAAGGGAGAGCAAGGAGAGGAUGGGAUUGACGGGCUGGAUGGGGAAGAGGGCUUUCGUGGAUUUCCUGGGGAAAAGGGAGAAAAAGGUGAUCCAGGAUCUCAGGGCAGCCCAGGUUCCAGAGGCCCCCCUGGGGGAUAUGGGGAGAAGGGCUUUCCAGGAGAUCCUGGUUAUCCAGGACAAAACAGUAACAUCAAAGGACAAAAGGGCUCCAAAGGAGAACAAGGAAGACAAGGUAGAACUGGACAGAAAGGGACACCAGGCAAUCCCAAUUCCAGAGGAAGUAGGGGAAGGGAAGGCCGAAGGGGGCCCCCAGGUGUCUCGGGGGAGCCGGGAAAUCCUGGACCUCAAGGUACCCAGGGAGCUGACGGAUUACAAGGCCCACAGGGGUUAAAUGGAAUUCCUGGCAGGAAAGGAGAGAAGGGAAACGAGGGGCAUAAAGGACCUCAGGGCUCUUCUGGGCCAGUGGGAGCUAAAGGAAACGUUGGAAGUCCUGGGCCUUCAGGGAAAAAAGGAGAACCUGGAAUUCUUGGAGAUCCAGGGCCAAUGGGGCAAGCCGGACAGAGAGGAAGACAGGGAGAUUAUGGCAUCCCAGGCUAUGGUCAUAUGGGACGAAAAGGAAUCAAGGGCCCAAGAGGUUUCCCUGGAGAUAUGGGGCAAAAGGGUGCUGUUGGUGAUCCUGGAAUUCCUGGGGGUCCUGGACCCAAAGGAUUUAGGGGAUUAACACUCACCAUAGGCCUGAAAGGUGAAGAGGGACCUCCAGGACCCCCAGGCCCUCCUGGACGGACAGGCAUGAAAGGCAUGGAGGGGAAGCCUGUAUAUUCCCAAUGUGAUCUGAUCCAGUUCAUGCGAGACCAUAGUCCUUGUUGGAAAGAAAAGUGUCCAGUGUACCCAACAGAGCUGGUAUUUGCCCUGGACCAGUCCUACGGUAUCUCCGAACAGAGAUUUAAUGAAAUGAGGGAAAUCAUUACAUCCAUUGUCAGUGACCUUGACAUCAGAGAAAGUAACUGCCCUGUGGGAGCAAGAGUUGUUGUAGUUUCCUAUGACUCAAGCACCAGCUACCUCAUCCGUGGGUCAGACUACUGUAACAAGAAGCAGCUCCUCCAGCUUAUUUCCCAAAUGAAAUAUCGACCCCCCAGAGAAGCCCGAGACAUUGGUAAUGCAAUGAGGUUUGUGGCCAGGAACGUUUUCAAGCGGACAUAUGCGGGAGCCAAUGUGAGGAAAGUUGCUGUGUUUUUCGGUAAUGGACAAGCGGCCAGUCAGUCAUCCAUCAUCACCGCCACCAUGGAGUUCAGUGCCCUGGAUAUCAGUCCGGCAGUCUUUGCUUUUAACGAAAGGAUUUUCCUUGAGGCUUUUGAGUUUGACAACACUGGAACAUUUCAGGUGAUCCCAGUUUCUCCAAAUGGGGAGUAUGAGCCAUUAGAAAAAUUUCAACACUGUACACUUUGCUAUGAUAAAUGUUUUCCGAAUGAUUGCAUCAAAGAGAUUUUUUUACCUGAAAAUUCAUACAUGGAUGUAGCCUUCCUCUUAGACAAUUCUCAGACUAUAGCAAAUGAUGAGUUUAAGGCUGUGAAAACCUUGGUGAGCUCUAUGAUUGACAACUUCCACAUUGCAUCAGACCCUAGAAUCUCAGACUUUGGUGAUAGGAUUGCCUUGUUGAGCUAUUCUCCUUGGGAUAGUUCUAGGAGAAAGAAGGGUGUGGUGAAAACAGAGUUUGGAUUUACAGCUUACAAUGACGGAGUCCUAAUGAAGAGGCACAUUCAGUCUUCCCUCCAACAGCUAAAAGGAGAAGCCACCAUUGGCCAUACCCUACUAUGGGCUGUGGAGAACCUCUUCCCACAAGCGCCGAACUUGAGAAAACACAAGGUCAUUUUUGUGAUCUCAGCUGGAGAAUAUCAUGACAGAAAGGAAUUCUUAAAGAGGGUGGCUCUGAGGGCCAAAUGUCAAGGCUAUGUCAUAUUUGUGAUUUCCCUGUGCUCUGCAUAUAAUGAGGACAUGGAAGAGUUAGCCAGCUACCCACUUGAUCACCAUCUGAUACAGCUUGGGAGAAUUCAUAAACCAGAUCUGGAUUAUAUUACGAAGUUUAUAAAGCCAGUUAUUUAUUCAAUCAGACGAGGAUUCAACGAGUACCCACCACCAGUGCUUGAGAAUGCCUGUAGACUCAUCUCAAGAGGAGAAGCUUAUCAAAAUAGUGAUCUUCUAUUUACUCCUGAGCCAUAUGAGAUUUCUUCAGGAGAGAACAGCUUCAUUGGCCAGGAAUUAAGUGCUGGGAAAGACUCCUCCUUCAUGUGGGAGGACAAUGGAAGUAACCAUUUGGUUUACAUACCAAGCCACAUGCUCAUGCCACAAGAAUUAGCGAUCACAUAUGAAAAAGGUCAGGAUUCUGAAGAAAUUGCAAGUUUAACUUCUGGACAUGAAAACCAUGGCAGAAAAGAAGAACCAGGUCUUACUGAUGAACCUGGAGAUACCCCUCUUCAAGAAUAUUACAUGGAUGUGGCCUUCCUCAUAGAUGCUUCCCGAAGAAUAGGAAAUGAUGAGUUUAAGCAAGUGAAAGCUUUUCUCAUCUCAGUGCUUGAUUACUUUUACAUUGCCCCAGACCCACUGACCUCCAUGUUAGGAGACAGAGUGGCAGUCCUGAGCUAUUCUCCUCCAGGCUAUAUGCCCAACAGUGAAGAAUGCCCUAUCUACCUGGAAUUUGAUUUGGUUACUUAUAGCAGUAUAUUCCAAAUGAAACAUCAUCUCCAAGACUCUUUUCAACAGCUCAAUGGAGAUGUUUUUAUUGGCCAUGCUUUGCAGUGGACAGUUGACAAUGUGUUUGUAGGAACCCCCAACCUGAGGAAAAACAAAGUUAUCUUUGUUAUAUCUGCUGGCGAAACCAACCCCUUAGACAAGGAAGUCUUAAGAAAUGUAGCGCUGAGAGCCAAGUGUCAGGGCUACUCCAUAUUUGUGUUUUCCUUUGGUCCUAUACACAAUGACAAGGAAUUAGAAGAAUUAGCCAGCCACCCACUGGAUCAUCACUUAGUCCAGCUUGGCAGAACCCACAAACCAGAUUUGAACUAUAUCACGAAGUUUGUCAAGCCAUUUGUUCAUUUAAUCAGACGUGCCAUCAACAAAUAUCCCCCUGCAGAUCUGAGACCCAAGUGUGUUAACAUCACCUCUCCCAAUCCAGAAAACGUUGGCUCAGGAAACAAUGUAUUCUUUAUUCCUGAGGUGUAUAAAAUAGAGACAGGAAACAGUGAGCUGUUUGAUGAAUCUGGUUCCCAGGAGCAGCAUUCCUUUGUAUUAGGGAACAAUCCUAGUAAUGGUUCUGAGACUACUACUGAUUUGAUCCAAAAGUCAUACAUGCUCUUUUCAACUGGAGAACUGAUGAACGAUAAAGAAGAGGCACAUUCAGAAGAAAUGCCAGCUCUAGCAGAUGGUAAACAACGAGAUAAAAAAGAUGAGGAAAUGGAAGCUGCAGACAUCUAA